AUGCUACAGUUGAAGCCCAGGCUUGCAGAGUUCCUGCGAUGUGAGGUUGGCGAUGGUGAGACUGCCUCUUUUUGGUUUGAUACUUGGAUGGAUCUGGGGCCUCUCAUACAUUUCAUCGGGGAGAGAGGUCCUCGGGAGUUACGGAUUCGUUUGGAAGCACGAGUUAUCCACGCCACCAGAAAUGGCGAGUGGAAUUUGCCGGCAGCUAGAUCGGAAGAAACAGAGUUACUUCAGAUUGCCAUCUCUGCAAUCUCUCCUCCUAUUCUCUCGCGGGGGAGUGAUUGCUUUCUCUGGCGCAAUUCUGCAGGUCUAUUCGCGCCUCGGUUUUCAUCUAAGGCGACAUGGGAGCAAAUUCGGGACCAUUAUCCGGCGGUCCCUUGGCAUCGUGUUCUUUGGUUUAAAGAAAAUGUUCCUCGAUGGUCGUUCACCACUUGGUUGGCGUUCCUUGCAAGGUUACCGACCAAAGAUAGACUCAGGCAAUGGGGAUUGAAUGUUAGUGCUGAGUGUGUCCUCUGCUCUAGGGGUAAUGAAUCACAUGGUCAUCUCUUUUUUGACUGUCAGUUCUCGGCUACAGUUUGGAAGCGCUUCGUCGAACCUAUCAGGAUUAACCCUCCGUUGGAUAUCUCUUCUGCUGCUUCGUGGAUCUCCAACCACCUUCACGGCAGCAACCGCUCUCACGCCACUCUUGUUAAAGUUAUACUGCAGGCGCUUGUGUAUUCAAUCUGGAAAGAGCGCAACUCACGGAUCUUCAAGUCGGUAUUCUCCUCUCCGGCUGAUUUCUGCUCCGCCCUCGACCGCCUAAUUCGAGACAGGCUCUUCUCCUUCCCUGCCUCGAACGUUAACUCAUCUUCCCUUCUCCAAGUUUAUUUCAGUUUUAUUGCUCCCCCUUUUAGCUUUUCUAUUUGCUUGUUGUAA